UUUGAGCUGGCCCAACAGCGGGAUAAAAUUGACAGAGGGGAUCGCUUUGAAUGCCUACUCCUCUCCUGGCCGCGUCGACCGUGUUGCUCUGUGACCAAUAUCGAUAAGUUCCAGUGAAAAGUUGCGUUGGUUUGGAACGCAGCCCCCGCUAGCGAGUUGUCAAAGAAACGGCUGAUGAAACAAUACCCUGCCCCUUGACCCAUGUGGAUUAUAUCAUCACAUCUAAGUGAAACAAAGUUUUGUGUAGACGAUUGCGCUGGAGACGCGGCUUAACGUGUGUAUUGACUCUGUACAUUUUUGUCGUUCAGUGCUACUUCUCGCACCGCGCCGACGAGCUGUACUUCCCCGGCUCCUCCCCCGCCACCCCCGCGCCGCCUCCCCCUCCCCCUCCCCCUCCCCCCCCCGCCUCCCGCCGCACCUACCGCGCCCCCCUCCCUGCCCGACCUCACCGACCCCGCCCCCGGCCCCGCCCCCAGCACCGUCCCUGUCGCGACACGUGCCCAAUCCAGCGGCCGAAAUGUCUAAUGCGGGCAGCGAGCGCCGCCUCGACUGGGAGUCGGGGGAGGGGGGGGUGGGCACCAGCGUGGGCAGCGGAGCCCGCGGGCUGGAGUUGUUCCGCGAGGACCUGGUGUCGUUCACGCGGUACCGCGCGCUGCGGCCCCUCGCCACGCUCUCCUACUGCAGCGACGCCAUCAACUACUCCACCAUCGUCUCCACCAUUGAGUUCGACAAGGAUGAGGAGUUCUUCGCCAUCGCUGGUGUCACCAAGAGGAUUAAAGGUUUUCGAAUACGAAGCGGUGGUUCGAGACGCCGUGGACGUGCACUACCCUUGCGCCGAGAUGCAGUGCGCCCACAAGGUGUCCUGCGUGACCUGGAACCAGUACCACAAGAACGUGCUGGCCUCCGCCGACUACGAGGGCUGCGUCUGUGUGUGGGACGCCUCCACGGGCCAGAGGACCAGGGCCCUGCAGGAGCACGACAAGCGCGCGUGGUCGGUGCACUUCAACCGCGCGGACGUGCGCCUGCUGGCGAGCGGGUCGGACGACGCGCGCGUCAAGCUGUGGGCGCUCAACGCCGAGCGGUCCGUCGCCACGCUCGAGGCCAAGUUCAACGUGUGCUGCGUGCGCUUCAACCCGCGCUCCUCCUGCCACCUGGCCUACGGCUCCGCCGACCACUGCGUGCACUACUACGACCUCAGGGCGCCCCGCCAUCCGCUGCAGGUAUUCCGCGACCACCGCAAGGCCGUAUCGUACGUACAAUUCGUAGACGCGCGGUCCUUAGUAUCGGCGUCCACAGACAGCCAACUGAAGCUAUGGCGGGUGGAUUCACCCAGAUGCGUCCGAUCGUUCAGCGGUCACGCUAACGAGAAAAACUUCGUCGGCUUAGCGACAGAUGGCACUUACCUCGCAUGCGGGUCGGAAAACAACGCUCUAUAUGUCUACUACAAGGGACUGUCUCGUCCGCUCCUAGCUUAUAGGUUCGAAGCUGUCAGAGGGUUUUUAGAGAAAGAGAGGAGGGAUGAAGAACCGGCGGAUUUCGUUUCGGCCGUCUGCUGGAGGAGGGAGAGGCCCGACAGGGCGUUGCUGGCCGCCAAUAGUCAGGGGACUAUCAAAGUGUUAGAGCUUGUGUGA